AAACGUGAUUUCUCGAGACUUUUUCACGCUGAUCCAAACUACGCUGUUCUCUUUACAACUCUCACGUCGAUUUGUCUUGAAGUUUUAGAAUUUCUCUGGCCACAAGAACAAUAGGUUUUGUUGGUUGCUAUGCAGACACCAGUUUCGCUUCCUGCUGCAGUGCUUUAAUUUGAGUUAAUUAUUUUCCUUGGAGAUGUUAAAUUUAUGAAUCUGUCGCUAAUGAUUUAUGAAUUUCUUUAUGCUUUCUAACGUAUCAAAGUUUUAUUUUACCGCAAAGUUUGACACUCGCUCGUGAAAAUUCAGACGAUGGAGGCUUCGUUGGAAAAUUUGUAUCGUGAUCACCGCAUGAAGGCGGAGGUGAAAAGACAGUCGCUUGAGCAAGAGCUGAUCACAGUUGGAGGCGAAAAUAUUCUACUCACAAAUCAGCGACGACAAGUGUUGAUGUUGAAGCCUACAGACCUCCUGGUGCAGCUCAGACAAGGCAAACUGUCUGCCGGGACUGUAGUGGAGUCCUACCAAGCUAAGGCCCUCGAAGUAACCAAACGCACCAACUGCAUUACGGAAUUUAUUCCAGACGCUAGGGCAUGGGCCGAGGCUCUAGACAAGCUGGCCCCAGACGAGAGACGUGCCCUGCACGGGCUUCCCGUCAGCGUCAAAGACAACGUCAUGGUCAAGGGCUUGGACUGCACGCUGGGGCUGCUCAAGAAGGUGGGUCAGCCCGCCCCUGUGGACGCAGAUGUCGUCGCGGUCCUCAAGGAGCUGGGGGCCGUGCCCUUCGUGAAGACCAACGUUUCUCAAAUCUGCCUCACGCCAGGAUGCUCCAACCCUUUGUGGGGUAAAACUAUUCAUCCACUCGACCCUACGCGAUCUCCUGGAGGCUCUUCUGGUGGCGAAGGAGCCCUCAUCUCUGAAGGGGGAUCAGUGUUCGGUCUCGGCACGGACAUGGGCGGCAGCGUCCGAGUUCCGUCCAACUGGUGCGGGCUGACGGGCUUCAAGCCCACGUCAAAGCGGAUUUCCAACGUCGGAGUGGCCAACGUGCCUGGUCCAGUGGGGGCCUACGGAACAGUGGGCAUGAUUGGUCGUGAUGGCGCCUUUGUAGCCGAGGCAGUGAAGGCAAUUUUCUCCAGCAAUUUCAACGCCCUGGAUCCGGAGGUGCCGCCUUUGCCCUGGAACGACAGCGUCUACCUGUCCAAGAAGGCCCUCCGUGUCGGAUGGUUCGACUCGACAGCCCUCUUCCCCAGCACCCCGGGGGUGAAGCGUGCUGUGGCGCAAGCCGUGGCGGCCUUCAAGGUUCUUGGCCAUGAGGUGGUGCAGUUCACCAUCCCCAAGGCUGCCGAGAUGUUGAAGAUCUACUUGAACCUCUUGAUGGCUGAUCACGGGGAGCUCGCCAAGUCUCUGCUGGACGGAGAAAUUUUGGAUGACGAGUUGAAUUGGUUCAUGGAAAUUUCAGCUGGGAUGCCUCACGAUGAGAGAAACAAUGCAAAACUUCGACGAGAGUUUGGAGACUUGGCGGUUGAAUAUGAUUUGGUGGAAUUGGCCACGAUAUCUGAUUUAUGGGCCAAAAUUGGGGAAAGACGCACAAUUUUCGACAACUUCCUGAAGGCGUGGAGAGCUGCCGGGCUUGAUAUCCUGCUAUGCCCUGUAACUCCCGCCCCUGCUACAAAGGCCGAACAUGUCGGCAAAAUAUCAUCCUGCCUCCUGACGACGAUGCUCUUCAACCUGCUGGACUGUCCAGCCGUGGCUGUGCCAGUCACCCAUCAAACAAUGGAUGACGAGAAGAAUAUCCAGGAUUAUCCAGUAACCGAUUACAUCCACGGCAUAUUCAAGCAGGACGCAACGAACGCCGUGGGCCUGCCUCUAGGCGUCCAGCUCGUGGCGCUGCCAUAUUGCGAAGAACUGCUGUGCCGGGCUCUAGCCGAGCUGUCCAACUUCCUCAACUACAAAUGCUGAACUGCAGCAACUGCUUUGUAGGGCCCUAGCCGAGCUGUCCAACUUCCUCAACUACAAAUACUGAACUGCAGCAGCUGCUUUGUAGGGCCCUAGCCGAGCUGUCCAACUUCCUCAACUACAAAUACUGAACUGCAGCAACUGCUUUGUAGGGCCCCAGCCGAGCUGUCAAAUUUCCUCAACUGCAAAUACUAAACUGCAUGAGCU